AUGAGCACAAACGCUUACAUGGAGCAGCAGGCGAGCUACCCUGCGCACUACGGUGCCCUGCCAGACCGCUCCGCACAGGUCUUUGGCACAGACGCUCACGAGCCACGAGCUCCUCGCCCCUUCGAGCCGACGCAUACCUCGAACGACCCCUAUGCUACAGCUGCCGUGCCGGCACACCCGCAGCCGGGCGCAAUGGCUGAGCCGCAUUCGCCCAUGUCCAGUUAUCGAGGAAGCUUCUCGCACAACUCGUCGAUGGGUCUGCCGCACCACCGCCAGGACUCGAUUUCGUCCAUCUCGUCGCCCCACGACGUCACUGGCGGCUGGGCGCCCUCUUCUCCCGGUCUGACCGCAAGCCGACACGCCUCGAUCUACUCGCUCAACGGCCAGUUCGACCAAGUCGGUCUGGGCAGCAGCAUCGACAGCGGCUCCACUGGCGGUCACUUUUACGAUCAGUCGCCCCCCAUGCAUGCGCAGGUUCGCUAUGCACAGGGACAGACUGCGGAUGCCCGCCGAUUCUCUUUGGAUGAGCGCGCAAUCCGCACCCAGCCGCAGAUGGGCAAGUCGGGCCUCGUGUCGGCUGACUACCAGGUGCCUGGCUCCUCGGGUCGUCACUGGCCCUGGGGCGCCAGCUCAUCGUCGGCCGUGCACGGCCGUCAUGCGUCCGUGUCGGCAGCCCCCCCUCAGGGAUACGACCACAGCCGCAUGGCCUAUGGCGCCAACUCGGGUAUGCAGCCUGCAUACGGCUACGAUGCCAACGCCAUGUCGGCCAUGUCGCCCACGCGCUACCGCUCCAUGAGCAGCUCCGCUGCCAGUGGUCGCGCAUACGGCAACCCGUACGGCGCUCCUGGCACCGCCGCUCACGCAGUGGCUGCCAUGGGUUACGGAAUGUCGCACCUCGGCCCAGGCAUGAUGCUCGAAGGAGACAUCCCCGGCGGACCCGGUCCGGCUCGCAGGGCCAAGUUCAAGCGCAGCCGCACCGGCUGCCUCGUUUGCCGAAAGCGCAAGGUCAAGUGUAGCCAGGACGGUACGCCGUGCAAGCAGUGCCGAAUCGGCAAGCGCGACUGCCACUACGAUGACAACCCGCAGAAGAAGAAGACGAACAAGAAGGAGCGCUCGGCCGGAUCCAUCGAUGGCGGCAGCAGCGAAAAGGGUUCCAACGGCACUGCGCCGGCUCUGUCGCACAUCGGCUCGGACCCUCAGGCUCACAACGGCGCGAUGAAUUCGGCCGACCCCUACUAUGCCACCAUGGGUGCGCUCGACCACCGCACCGACUCGAACGGCAGCAACGGCGGCGGCGUCACCUUUUCGAUGCCCUUCUCGUCGCAGCCGACCACCGUGUCGGCGCACUCGUCUGCUACAGACAGCACGUGGUCGAACCCCUCGCCGUUUGCGCCCGGCCCGCACGGCGAGAGCCACCCACAGACGCAUUCGGUCGCGUCCCAUUCCGACAGCUAUGGCUGGCCCACCAAGCAGGAGCACGACCCGACGCAGCCUGCCGCUUACACCGACCCAGCGGUCGACCGCAACGCCGGCUACUGGAACCAGCAUCCCACCUCUUACCCGCCGCGCGCUGGCAAGCUCGAGGUCACCGAAUCUUGA